GGAAUCUGUGUGGGGAUUUGGCCGCUCCCCGCUACAGCAGCAGCAGCAGGAGGAGGAGGAGCGGAGGGAAGCAUCAGCAGCGGUUUUAUCGGCUGAGAUUCGCAGCUGCCCGUUGGUUGUUCCUCGCCGCUGCGAGGGUAUUUCUCGCCUCUCGUUCCCUCUCCCUUAAUUGAAUUUAGUCCGGGGCGGGAGCUCGGCGGCCCUGCCCUCCCCCCUUGCUCAGGUACGUUAAUCGGCGGAGAAAUCGCCUCAGGGAAAACUCUGCGGCAGGUUUCUCUCAGAAAGGAAGCGGCGAACCCACUUCAGGGUGUCUCAGAGCAGCUACGAGGACCUUGGCGAUCCCGCUGAAGUGCUUUCUCCUCCAUUUAGUCGGAAUAGGAAGAGUUUAGUUUAUUUUUUAUUCAACCUACCCUGCGCUUCCCCGCUUCAACCUCGCCGCUAUAAGUGAGGCUGGGAGCAACGACAAAAGGCGGAGAGGCCCGAGCCGAGCUGCUGCUGCUGGUGUGGCGAGAGGAGAGGUCCGGCACAAGUUAACAAAAGGUGUUGUAAUUGAUCUGUCUGGGACGACUAGUGGAGGCGCCUGUCCGAGGAGGUGAGAACGAGAGCAGGAAAAUCUCCAGAACUGGGUCAACGUAAUCCAGGCAGCAGCUUGCAUAACUACAUAUCAGAGCGCUCUCCCAAGAUACAUAGACAUCCUUGGGUUUGCCAAAAGUCUGCCUUGACCAGUCGUGGAUCAAAUGUUCUGUGUUUUACAGAAGUACAUUUUCCUCUAGAACAAGUGGCACAAGGUUGCCUGAUUAGCCACCAGGCAAGAACCUCAGGACGAUCAUGGAUGAUUAUGAUGUAAGAUCUGCUGCUAGCAUUCUAGCUUCGGUUAAAGAACAGGAGGCACGAUUUGAGAAGUUGACCAGAGCACUUGAGGAAGAGCGUCGUAAUGUAUCCAUGCAACUUGAGCGUGUCAAUAUUCCCUCAGACAGAUCAAGUAUAUCCAACAUUGGCAACAGUGAGUCCUUUGCGUGGCAGCAGCUAGUGUUACAGGAGCAAAGUCCAAAUAAUCUGACUUCAAAAGCAACAAUGCAGGAACCACACGAGUUGGUGGAAGAAACCGUUACCGUCGAGGAGGACCCAGGCACUCCCACCUCCCAUGUGUCAGUGGUGACAUCAGAUGAUGGAACUACUAGACGAACAGAAACUAAGGUUACUAAAGUGGUUAAAACUGUGACAACUCGAACCGUACGUCAAGUGCCACUUGGUCCAGAUGGAUUGCCCAUGGAGGGUUCGUCCCCUGCUGGCAGUUGUACAGAUUCCAUCGAUAGAAGAUACAUGAAAAAUGGAGACCGUUACAUCACACCACAGGCCAAUUCUACUUUAACUAGAGUCUACAACAGUUAUCCAGAUUCAUACGAUAAUCAUCAUGACCUGUAUCGUUCAUACACUGGCCAGGAUGGAUUUGCAGACGUAUCUGAUAACUAUGGGAGCUUGUCACGAGGAGUCCAUUACCGCCCUCGCUAUGCCUACGUGCCACGUGACAACUACAGGCCAGAUGAAAGUUACACAUUGCCUAGUAGAAAUAAAUAUCCUGUUGCCCAGCCACAAGUGCAGCCAGAUGGCACUCUUGACCUGAAUCGAUCUCAACCAGAACGUUUCCAGCCAGAACCUUAUGGACUUGAAGAUGACCAUAGAAGUCUUGGACCUGAUGACGAUGGGUACGAACUGGAUGGGGAGCCAGAACCAGAUUACUCCACAGCAGGUCGAAGAGCACCCACAAGGACUAAUGGCAGGAGACCAAGGAGAGGCUAUGAAGAUCCGAUUGAAGCAGAAAUCAUUGAAGAUCGGAUGCCGUACUUGACAGGAGUGUACAAUGCACCUCUUGCUCAGCCAGAAAGGGGAAGCAUGGCCAGCCUCGACCGACUCGGUAGGCGCUCACCAUCGAUAGACAGUAUCCGGAAAGAUCCCAGGUGGCGUGAUCCUGAUCUUCCAGAGGUUAUUGCAAUGCUCAGCCAUCACCUUGACCCCGUUAAAUCGAAUGCUGCAGCCUACCUGCAGCAUCUGUGCUAUGAAAAUGACAAAAUAAAAAAGGAAGUAAGGCAGCUGAAGGGCAUACCUAUUUUGGUGGGACUUCUGGAUCACCCAAAACCAGAUGUCCAUCGUCGGGCCUGUGGUGCUCUGAGAAAUAUCUCUUAUGGCAAAGAUCAUGAUAGCAAAGUGGCAAUCAAAAAUUGUGAUGGAAUUCCUGCCCUGGUUCGUUUGCUAAGGAAGACCAAUGACAUGGAAGUUCGAGAACUAAUUACAGGUACACUGUGGAACUUGUCUUCCUAUGAACCACUGAAAAUUGUGAUUAUUAAUCACGGCCUUCAGACUCUAACAAAUGAGGUCAUCAUCCCUCAUUCAGGCUGGGAGAAUGAACCCAAUGAGGAUUCCAAGCCACGUGAUGCUGAAUGGACAACAGUCUUCAAAAACACAUCAGGAUGUCUAAGAAAUGUGAGUUCAGACGGGAGUGAUGCUCGUCGAAGGCUUCGGGAAUGUGAGGGUUUGGUUGAUGCGCUCCUGCACGCACUGCAGUCAGCAGUGGGCAAGAAAGAUAUGGACCGGAAGUCGGUUGAGAAUUGUGUCUGUAUUAUGAGGAACCUCUCCUAUCAAGUGCAUAGAGAAGUACCAGGAGCUGAUAAAUUUCGAGAACCAUCAACUGAACAGCAAACUGGAACAGGAAGUGCACAAAAGAAAAAGAAAGAUGAUUCUGGUUGUUUUGGUGGAAAGAAGGCAAAAGGCAAAAGGAAUGUGGACACCGACAAGAACUUCGAUACUUUGGACUUGCCAAAACGUAUAGAACCAGUGAAAGGCUACGAGCUGCUGUACCAGCCUGAAGUGGUGCGACUUUACCUGUCGUUGCUCACAGAAAGUCGAAAUUUCAACACAUUGGAGGCAGCAGCAGGUGCCCUGCAAAACCUAAGUGCUGGGCAGUGGACAUGGUCUAAUUACAUUCGUUCAACUGUGCGUAAAGAGAAAGGCCUCCCAAUCUUGGUGGAGCUGCUGAGAUCAGAUUCUGAUAAGGUUGUACGAGCUGUGGCAAUAGCAUUGCGAAACCUUUCUGUGGAUGGACGUAAUAAGGAUCUCAUAGGUAAUUAUGCCAUGCAUGAUCUGGUUAGCAAUCUGACUGGUGGCCAACAAAGACCCGCCAAGAACCUCGAAGAAGACACAAUAGUAGCAAUACUCAACACUAUCCAUGAGAUUGUGACUGACAGUUCAUCAAAUGCCAGAUCCCUGAUUCAAGCACAGGGCAUUGAAAAGCUUGUGGCAAUCAACAAAUCAAGCCAGUCAGUAAGGGAGAUGAAGGCUGCAGCCCAUGUCUUGCAAACUGUAUGGAGUUACAAGGAAUUGAGAAAUCCUUUGCAUAAAGAUGGUUGGAACAAGUCCCACUUUCAGCCAAAUGUGACUACACUUCCCAAAGGAGCUAAAACUGGUGGCAAGUCAAGCGGUUAUGAUGACAGCACCCUGCCAUUAAUUGAAAGGAACCAGAAAGAUGGUAACAAAUGGUCUGGUGAAAUGAUACCCAUGGAACAGUUUGGUCCAGAUACGUAUUCUACUUUGGAUCGAAGGGAGAAAGAACGCAAAUAUAAGACUACAGAUAUUUCUGGGGAUGCUUUUGAGCGGCAGCCAUUGCGGAAUGAUACAAAUAAGAGAAACAUUGACAGGAUUAAUAGGGCCUCAAUGAAUCUUGUGGAUGCUCAUGACACUAAACCUCAGCCCGUUGACUCCUGGGUCUAAGUGCAUGCAUGGCAUGAAGUGCAGCAGUCAUGAACAUUAUACAGAGGAUCUCAUUAUUCACCAUUGCCGUUAGAUUUGGAGGACUUCAUUUCAUUGAAGCUAUCAACUAAAUUGACAGAGGAGCAGACAAGUCCCAAUUGUUCCAAUUUUAAAAUGUUACAUUUUUCCAGGGGUGUCAGAGGGGGUGGGGUGGGGUGGGGGGGGGGGGGGGGGGGGGGGGGGAAAUCGCAAGUUGCAAACCAGUCUCCAAAUGCGGCAACCCUGGGCCAAAAAUGAGCUUUAGAUUGGUUGGCUCCAUUGAUCUUCUGGAGGGUAGUGUGAAAGGUGAAGAGAAUGUGAUGUGGUGAAGAGACAGGAAGCCAAGAGGGUGUUUCUUUUUUAAAAAAAAACACAAAACACAACUUUUCUAUGCUUUUCAGAACUGGAUUCAGAAUAGCUUUUCCACGAUUGAAACCAUUUACCAUAAUUUUGCUAGAACUUGGAUUUUGGAUUGUGAAAAUCAAGUUUCAAUUUGUGUUUGUUUUUAUGGUGGCAUUUUAUUCUGAGUGAAGUUGAGGACGAGGCACAGCUGCUGGGAGGAAGGGAGAAAAUAAGUCAAAGGAAGAAGUUUGAUAUGUGAGACAGGAAGGCUUUGAAGUUAAUCACCCAAGUUACCUAACUUUACUUACACCACUAGAUUUAUUGAAUUAGUGUAUAUAUACAGUUAUAACUGAGAUGUUACAUGUUCCAUUAAGAAAGUACAAAAUAUUUCAAUUGACGGGCAGAAUUGUGCCAAUUCUUUGAAUGUGGAAGGGAAUUUUAAUACCUGGGUGGCAUUUAAACGUUUUCCCCAUUUUGUAAAUGUACCCUGUUCUGCUUUGGAUUUUUACUGCUUGUGGAAUUACAAUUUAAACCCUGAAUAUUAUUGGGAUGCUCUGAUUUAUGAUCCACUUCAUCUUUUGUAAAUUCUAAACCAGCAUGACACUGAUGACUUUUGGUGCUGGAUCAGACCAGUGUAACAAAGCAGCAGAAAGGCUUUUCCCCUCUUCCCCUGCCCCAGCAACAUACCCACUAAAUAUAUCCAAGAAUUAAAGGUGCUGUUUCAGUGCAAUUAAAUUUGUGUAUGUACUUUGAACUGUAAUGCGUCUUUUUACUCCAAAAAAAUAUUGUGAAGUUCCAGUUGACUUUUACUAAUUGCAGUCGAGUUUUAAACUGUGAACUUUCAACCCAAGUCACUGGAAAGCACACAGGUUAAAUGCCAACUAUUUCAAGAAGAGUUGAAGUUUACUUUGCAUUCAUAAUAACUGGCAUGUACAGUAUGUAUCCAUCAUGUCUAACAAUGCUGAUUGGCUUGACUUUUGCAAUGCCAUUUUGAAGCAGAACUGUGAUGAUUUUUUUUCUUUUGGGGAAGGGGAGAUAAUUUUGAAGUUUCUUUCAGAUAAUCUACCUAAUGGUUGAACUGGGAUACGUCAGUUGCCAAAACGGUGUCAUUGGAUGGUAUAGACACAACAUUUGCUGUUAAUUCUCUUUUGUUACCAAAGGGUUGGAAAAUGGAGAAGGUCUCUAAGAACAUUUAUAAGAGCUGUUUGUGACCUUUAAUUAUAUUUCUUUUGUGUAGUAUGUGCUGCAGUUGACUGCUUUGAAGAAUCAGUAAGCAAGGUCUGCCAUUCUGGUUGUAGAUAUUACUGUUUGGAUUUCUGGAAACUUCUGGUUAUUAGUGGCAAAUGUGUUUGUACUAUCAUGUGCCUUAAACUUUUCAUGGUAGAAAAAGAUAAUGUGUUUUUAUAAAUAUAUAUAUAAUAUAUUACUCUUAGCAUAACUGUAGUUUAUACUGGUGGAUAUUGCAUUGCAUUACACUGUAAUAUAAAUUACACUUAACAAUGACUUAUGCUUUCUUAGAACUAUGCUACAGAGACCGAAUGUAUUAUGUUUAAUUCCACUAAUACCCUGCAGCAAAUAGAAAGCUUGUUAAACCAGGUUUGUAGAAUUAUCAACUUGGUGUGUUUUCAAUAAACAAUGCCUGGAAAUGA